AUGCAAUGUGUUGAAGAAUCCAUUCAUGUGAAGUUUGAUGAGGAAUCAUACACUGAUGAAAAAGUCACUCAUUCUCCUUCUAUCUUUCAAGAGCUUCUUUCUUGUCCAUUCGAUGAAGCACCUUCUGCAGAAGAUAAGACUGAUUCCUAUGAUCCUAUCAUUCCAGUUCCAUGUUCCUUAAGUCAAGAUACUACAGCCACAUCAGCAGAUAACUCAUUAGAUGCUGAUGAAACCCUUGAAGUUGAAGACUCUCCUGAAACUGAUAAUGUGUCAGUAUCUAUCUCUCCAGAAUCAGCAUCAGUCAUUGAACAUCGAGAUCAUCCUGUUAAUCGAAUUAUAGGGAAUAUUCAUGAUGGUGUCCGAACUAGAUCUAGUGUGCUUAAUAACUUUUGCAUGGUGAUUCCUGCUCCAAACUCUCCUCCUCUUCCCAUUCACAUCAAGGCCACCAAUGUAGUCUUCAACCCCGACAUUCCAGAGGUUCAUCGAGGUCUUGGACUCGAUGAUUUCGUAAAUUUCUUGGCUUCUUGUCGCCUUCGAUAUGCAAUCAGUGAUGUACCAUCCGAGUUCUUCCCAGAACAAGUAUGCGAGUUCUACUACACUGCAACCGUUAAUGAAGAAAACAACACCAUCACCGGAACCAUUGGCCAUGGAAGACACUCUAUGUUCAUCACCGCAGAACUUCUCAGUGCUGCUUUAAGGUUACCAAUCUUCGAACCCUUCUCUGAACCUCCAUCUAUUGAAAGAUGUAAACGCAUGUUUGAUCAACUGGGCUAUGAUCACUCAAAGGCUGGCACUCGAUCAGCUCUUAUUUUGCGUCAAUGUAUGACCCCAGGCUGGAAGUUUUUCACUGGAGCUCUGUGCAAGUGUGUGGGUCACAAGUCUCGUAGUGGUGACCAACUGAGCAAUUAUGAGCAACAAGUUGUCUGCUCCCUUCUUCUCAACAAAAGACUGGAUUAUGGGGCACUUUUCUUUGAUCAGCUUGUUCAGCUUCUACGAGCAAAUGUACGUGAUGAUCAUGUUCCCUUUCCACGCUGGAUUGCCCUAGUAUUCGACAAGUUCUUCGCUGCUGACUACUUUUCUCACUCUGAGAAUCGAAUCCAAUGUCCUCGAAUGUCAGUUCGUAUGUAUCAGGAUGAUCCUUUAGAUACCGACAUUGGAAUCUCCGAUCGGAUGAGAGAAUGGAUUGCCAAUCCAUACAUUGUGCCUUCUCUCACCGCUGAUACUGAUGAUGGAGGUGCUGAUGCUGAUGAUCAUAUGGAUCUUGCUGAUCAAGAGGUGGAACAUCAUGAUGGCGAACAUCUCUCACCUCAACUCUCUCAUCACCUCAUCUCGGACACUGGCAAAGUCUCCUCUGCACCACAGGAUUCCAUGCCUCUGGGGGAGCAACCAUCUCAGGGGGACCAUCCCUCGUAG